UAUCACAGUUCUGCAUCAUUUGGGUUGAAAGAAAACAUAGUCUAUCCGUUAUUUCGGGUUUCAUUGCCGCUGAAGGUACAGUUUUUCGAAGAUGUCAAAACUGAUAGUGGUGUGUGGCGUGACCGGCAACCAGGGACGUUCUGUCGCAGAAAAAUUUCUUCAGGAACCUGGAUGGAGGGUGCGCGGAAUUACUCGAGAUGCAACCAAGCCAGCUAGCUUGGCGCUGGCUGCUAAGGGCGUCGAAAUCGCUGAAGGCGACUUGGACAAAAUCGAUUCUCUGAGAGCUGCCCUUCAAGGUGCAAAUGUUGUGUUCGGAAACACUGUGUUUCCCUUUGUUCUGGCACUGACCUCAAAUCCGCGACUAAAACCAGGACAGUCUCUCCUUGAAUGGGCUUAUGAACUCGAGGUUCAGCAAGGAAAGAACUUGGUGCAGGCCGUCGCCGAGCUGGACUCACUUCAGCUAUUCAUAUGGUCGACACUAUCAGCAACUCGAAAAUGGUCAGGGGGGAAAUUCCGGAACGUCUUCCAUUUUGACUCGAAGGCCGCCGUGGUCGAUUAUGUCCGGGAUUGUUUUCCUGAUUUAUACAACAAGACGUCCUUGCUUCAGCUAGGGCUCUUCAUGACGAAUUGGAGAUUUGGUCCCGUCAACAUCCCAUGGGCGAAGCGGGGAGAUGGCACCAUGGUCCUACGUAUGCCAGGAGAGCUCAGGUAUCCGAUUCCACAUGUUCUCGUUGAAGAAACAGGGAAAUAUGUCAAGGCCCUAGCUCAGAGUUCUCCAGGCACACACUUGCUAGCUUGCUCCGAGUUCCUGACUUGGCCAGACUAUGUGAGCUUGUGGAGUAAGACGACUGGGGUUCCGGCAGUAUUUGAAUCCAUUACUAUGGAUGAAAUGGAUAAGCUUGCCCCAGGAGGCUUUGGUCUUGAAAUUGGGGAGAUGCAUGCAUACGCUUUGGAGUUUGGCUACUGGGGCAAUGACCCAGCGGUUAUUUAUCCGGAGCAAGUAGGUGCAAGCUGCUCAAGACUUCCACAAAACAAGGCUAACGAUUUGCACUCUUUAGCUUGGCAUUAAGGGAGACCUGACUACAAUUGGUGAUUACAUCAAGGGGGAGGACUGGUCUGAGUUGCUGGGUCGGCCUGCAAUCAAUUGACGUAUCUCGGCUUCAAGGCUAGUUGUGUUUAAAGAACCAAAGUUGCAUGUUGAUAUAAGCAUUUUUACAUGAUUUCAUCAUUGGAACGAAUAAGUGAUUAGGGCUAGAUGACGUACUGCAUGAAAUUGUUGCAGCAAAUCGUGGUUCAUAAAACACGGGUUCAUACUGAGG